GAGAAUGUGACAGACGCCAUCUGUAAAAUUAAACAUUUCCGCCUUCGCAAUGCUUGAAAGUUACCUUGGGCUUCUCAUCUGGUAUUUAUUGCCAUCAGUGUGGCCUUUGGGAAUAAAGUUUACUUGUCCAGAGGAGUUCAAGGAAGGAAUAAAUGUCAUCAGCUGCCAGAUCAAUGUCACAGCUAUCAACAAUGCAGACUGCUUAUCGCUUCAGGAGUAUGUGUCAUUUGACCGAACAGUAAAUCCCCCAGGAGCAAUGCAGUGCCUUACUCCAAGCUUCAAUUCUUCGGCCUGUGUUCCCGUAUAUAAUCCAGUUGCAAAUGGCUGCUGGUGUAACAAGUCAGAUGGAGAGAUUUUUGACUAUGUAUUUGUUUACAGUGCAAGUCACAACCGAGAUCUAGGGGCACAGCUGGAAUGCAAACUUUGUACAUCACCAAGCAAUCCUUUGGAUGUCAAAACCAGUGGCAGCUGCAAAAAUUUAACAUUUGAAAAACCAAGCCAAAAUUCAGAUGUGACCUCAAAUCCUAGAAAUUUGGUAGCAGUUAUUGUUUCUGUUGUCAUCAUCAUCAUCAUCAUCAUUAUUGCUGCUAUCAUCGUUACUUUGGUCUGUCAUAAACACAAGAAAUGUUUUAAGAAGAAACAAAGAGAACAGAAUGUCAAAGGUUCCUCAAAUGGCCAUUGUACCGAGGAAGUACCAUUUAAAGCUUUUAAAGCUUGAAGGAAAUGGAAUACGCGAUCUCCAUGGGAAAUGAGAUGACAUGCCUGUGCGGGCGGCAUUUUUUAGCUUGAAUGCCGAAUGAAGCACUUUUCUCCUGUCUCUGAAAAUAUAGACCUAAAAUUUUAUGGAAAGGUUAUUUGGCACCAAGUAUCUGGUGCCAGUGUGUGUGUGUGCGCGCGUAUCAAACGUACUUUUGAUUAUAUUCUACUAUUUUGAGAAGAUGCAUUUGUGGGGCUAGCUGAAUUAACAAAUACAUUAUAAAUAUGGUGGGUUUUUUUUAAAUCUUGCAGUAUGGUGACAAAAGUGAUAUUUAUAUUUGGUCUAUGAGUAUAUCAAACAGCAAAUAUAUUAAUCACUCUUAAGAAAUUAGCAUAUAUGUAUAAUUUCUCAUCAUCUCUUUCUGUUGCAUGCUUGACUAGUUACAGAUUAAUUUCUAUCAUCUUUUAAGCAACAUUUCAAGAUCACUUGAAGUCUUAAGAGUAUAUUUAUCACAUAAACUGCACUCUUGGUAAUGUAGACUAUCAUACUGUUCUUCCCUAUCUCCAUUGGUAAUACUUAGUUUUAGCCUAUGAAAUUACAGGUAAAAUACCUACUCAUUAAUGUUGUAACCAAACAGUAAAGCAUCAGUGAAAAGGGAAUAAUUAAUCUUGGCAUGCACUUAAAAGUUUAAGAAGCAGAAGUUAAAUAAUAAAUAACAGCUAAAUACCAAAAUUUUUACCUAAACCUAAAAAUUGUUCUGAUCCUUUUAUAGGUUCCUAGAGCACACGUUACAUGCACAUGGAAGCGUACAUACGUACUUGAGUUAAACAUAAAUAUAUCUUAAUGUUAUCAUGUCCUAGUGGUAGUUUUGCUCCUGGAAAAGGAGAUAAACAUGGCAAACAUUUUUACAAGGGUGUCUGGUUUCCAGCCUUCAGCAGAGUCAAAAUAAAGUGUCAUUCCGAAAGAAAGGGAAGAAAGCUGAGUAUGACUUUGAUGAAGUGCAUAAUUUUUUAUAAUUGGGUAAAGGUCAGCACAAUAUAGGAUUUACCAAAAGUAAGCAAAUACUCCUUUUUUGAUUUCAGGUACACAUCAACAAACAUCACCAUACACUUAAAAGAGGUCUAAAUCCAGGCAUGGUGAUAUGCCUACUUAACAUAUGUUCCCAGCUGCUCCAUUGGGUGAGGCCCUUACAAGUUAAAUGUGUCCAUGCAGUCACCUGACAUUUGUAUUGUUAACCUUUUUUUGUGCAUGGUGAUGUUUGUUUUUCUGGAAAAGAAGAGGUAUAACCACUCAGAUUAAAGAAAUAGUAUCGGUAAGAUAGGUAAAUGAAUUGUAGAAAAUAGCAAAUUUUGUUUACGUAAUCCAACUGUUGUUGUAGUUUGUUUGGAGAGACUUGUUUGUGUGAUCAAUUGUAAGGAUUCUGGCACAUAUGAUACAGAAUUAAAAUUUUUUUUUUUUUACAAAUUCAGAAGCAAGCAGAUUUUCUUGCUGGCUGAGAAAUUUUACCGCAUUUAUCAUGUUUUCUUUGGUUGUACUUGUUGCAUUUAUUUUACAUCAUGUAUAAAAUUAUAUAUUCCUGUUUUUACUUGGUGAAUUUUGCAAUGUUUUGUUCUCGGUCUGAAACAUUUAGGCAGUUCAUAUUCUACCGGUGAAAGCAGGCAGCUUUUAUUAUGAGUUUUUGCUCAGAAUCAGUAUUGUCAAUCAUUUAUUGUAUUAAGUUCAUAUUAACAAUGUAUUAAUAAUCUAACCACUCUGUAGGAAGUCUCUUUUCUCUAAGGACACACCAACUGACACACACACACAUGACAUUAUGGUGUUAAAUGUGGGAUGCCAUCAGUAACAUGUAUGUGAGGCAGAGGCAGCUGACAUGACAUGGUCCCAACUGGAAAGGGACGCCCAGAAUCGGAUCCAAUGGCGUGGUGUAGUUGCGGCCCUAUGCUCCACUGGGGGUGAUUAGGAACAAGAUCUAUAACAUGUAUUGUUGUGUGGGAAUUUACAAAUUAGUUGUGCCAAACUGUCUUUGAGACAUGGGUAAUAAAUUUCCUAAGCUGUUUAUUAACAUCCAAUAAUUGCCAAGGCUGGAAGCAGAGUACUUACAAACUACUUAGCUCUGUGCUGUCAAGGAAAUGGAGAACACAAAUGCCCACUCGAAUUACCUGAUGGCAUGAGGGGUAAGCUCGGAAGCUUGCAUCUAUCGGCAACUUUUUACCAAUCCCUUUGAUAUUUUGUCAUUCCACAGACAGUGGGGAAGAUUCAAUGCUUCGUCCACAACACCAGACUGAAAUCUGAUGCAGCUGCUCAAUUUUACCCUAAAGCCUCUGAUGUGAUGCUAAAUCCUAGACUGGUGCACUUUGUUUCUUGCAGAGACAAUGCAGUUCAUCUCAAGAAAGUCUUAAGAAGAAUGCAGUCUAGUAGAUUUGUUCCUUGCUUUUGUAGGAUAUCACAAUUUCUAAGAAUUAAGCAGUCUCUUGAGCUGCCAGUUAUUUUUUUCCUUCCAAGCAUUGUUUAGAACUCUCACUGUUAGUACGGUAGAUAGGUUCAAUGAAGUAGAAUAAGAAGAUUAGGGGAGUGAAACUUAUCAUCACUCUUAACACUGGUUACAUAGCAAAUGAUUCUACACACUGCAUAUACAAUUUUUGUUGUUAAGUGCUACCUUCAGUUUUCAUACUUAUCAUGUUUGUAUAGAUCUGAUGCAUCUUUGGGAGAGAUUGUGCCUGUGUGUAUGCUUUUCUUUCUUUUUGUUUUAUGAUGCUUUGACUUUAUAAUGUUAAUGUAAUUAUAUUGUGAUAUAAUACCUGCUCUCUUUUCUCAAUUGCCAUGCUGUCAAAUACAAAUUAGUACAAUUGGACAUAACUAACUUUACAAUUUGCACAGGUUACAGGAAUUCUCCAAACUAAAAGCUUCUGAUGGUCAUCUUCUUGUUUUCAACAUUUUUGCUCAUUUGUGUUAGAUUAAAAUAGAUGCCAAUCAACUUACCAUUAAAAUCAAGUAGACUAGUCAAAAUAUAUAACUGGAAUUGCGUGUGUCAGCAGUAGCUGCUGGAUUUUGCAAGUAUAUCACACUUAUUUGAUUGUAAUAUUUUUUAUAGAUUUUAACAAGGUGUUUUGCCUUAAAUGUUUUUAUAAUUAUGCGCAUGCAGUCCUGAAAACAUUCAUCUGGCACUUGCAAAAAUAUAUAUGUAUACAUAUAUAUAUAUAUUGGCUCUCAUAUAUACAUGAUCACAUACACAGUCACACAGAUACAUGUGGCAGCUUUAAAAUUAAAGGAAUUUUAUUGUUUUUAAUGUAAUGCUGUGCGCAGUAAAAUGGAAUUAAGCGUUUCCCCAUGAUUGUCUUCGAGUCAAAGCAAGGGUGGUACCAGUGAUCUCUUUUCCAUAUAUUAUUUCUUAUUGGCUUGCUUACAGCAUUAAGAAAUCUUAAAAAAGAGCAUUAUUUGGACAAACAUUUAUAUUGGACAUGAAUUUGGAGUUUUAUUUUUGCAAUGCCUUGAGUGCUUUAUCCUUGUAUGUACACUGAAUGCCUUUUCUCGGCUAAGAAAACUUCUACAAACUGUAUUAGUCUCUUGGACAGGAUUCCUUUGUGUGUGCUAUAUGUAUAGGUGUACAUAUAUGCACGUAUUGUCAGAAACAGAUUAAUAAAGACAUUAGUCUCAA